AUGCAGAACUCAGUCUACGAAACAGCCGCCAGUGCAGUCCAGGCAAGGAAUCGCAUCCGCAGCCACAUCUACCAAACGCCCCUCAUUCCAGCCCGAGCGCAAGGCAAAUCCAAUGGCGCAAAGGUGCUAUUCAAAGCCGAGAACUUCCAACUGACAGGAUCGUUCAAGAUCCGCGGCGCAAUGUCCAAGAUGUCUGGUCAACCUGCAAACGGGCCAUUAAUAACAGCCUCGUCGGGUAACCAUGGGAUAGGCGCCGCAUGUGCAGCGCAGGCACUCUCCAAAGAUCUCACUGUUGUCCUCCCGGAAACGGUAGUGCCUGCGAAAUUAGAGAAGAUCAAGUCCUACGGGGUGAAUGUUAUUCUGCAUGGAGCUGAAACUGGGCUUGCCGAGCAACACGCUCAGCGGCUUGCUGCUGAGGAAAAGUAUACUUAUAUUUCGCCGUACAAUGAUCCUGAUAUUAUUGCCGGGCAAGGGACUAUUGGAUUGGAGAUUCUCGAACAGUGUGAACAGGUGGAUAAUGUUUCGUCUCUAUGGGUGGUGAUCUAUGGCGUUUCUGCGAUUAACUCGAAAGCCCUCGCCGAGUCCAUGGCUGCGGGCCAUGUAGUUGAAACGGAGCACAAGGAUACGCUGGCUGAUGCCGUUGCUGGAGGCAUCGAUACGGAUACAAUCACACUUCCGUUGGCAAUGUCCGUGGUAGAUCACGUCAUUGAGUGUGACGAGGACGAGAUUAAAGCCGCCUUGAAGAUCAUGGCGUUUGAGGAAAAUAUGAACGUUGAAGGCUCUGCAGCUCUUGCUUUAGCUGGCUUUAAUAAGGUCGCCCAACAGCUUACCAACCAAACCAGCGUUAUCGUCUUGUGCGGUGCGAACUUUGACCAAGGUGUCUUUAAGCGUGUGAUUCUGGAUCUUUGA